AUGUCAGACCACCAUGAGAUCGUCCAGGAGAUGCGAUCUCUCGCCUUGCUGAUUGGUGGUGACAAUGGACUUGCUCGCACUAGGUGCCUUUCGGAGCUGCAGGUUGACGUUCGGCGUGCUCGUCUGAGCAUUUCAUCCCCUCGGCCUGCUGCUUUGUUUCAGCGUGACGCCUCGAUGGAGGCCAUUCGAAACUCGCAUAUGCCUGCCCCUCGACAUUUGGCCUUCACGCUUGAUGCAGCCGUUGCCCACGCUCCCUAUCACUCUUCUGCUCGACUGGCAUUAUGCACGUGCCGUGCAACGCGGUGGCCAGGGCUGCAUGUUUGCGGUCUGCACGUUUGGCUCGAUCCGUUCAAGGGCCGCAGUUUCCUGAGGUUCUUUGUGCAACGCUCACUUGGCUAUGGUUCAUUCCGGCUCGUCGGGGCUUGGGAGCCGGACAAUAGCGGCGCCGUUGAACGCCCACUGUCGCUUGCUGCUCAGGUACAGAAGCUUCAGGAACGAGGGCCCGGGCAGCAGGCUUUGCAAAGCUUGAUACAGGCACAACCAGCAGGCAAUGAUCAUCAGAUAGAUGGGUUUGCUAGGACGCGCUCUCAGGGCGCUCUGGGGCGUUGCGGGAGGAGGGGUUCCAAGGCCAGGGCGGGCAUAAACGCAAGAGGUCAGGUGGUGUUCACAAACGAGAACGAGGCGGCCGCUUUGAUUGACGGCCUGGGCCGCGAUAUCGUCAACUGGACUGACGAAGCGAGCGCUGGUGAGGCGCCAGAGAGGCCAGAGAGGGUGUUGCGCUGGGCUCAUGCUCAUGAUGCUGAUGCUGGGGGUGUGGACGGGGAGGCAUCCAUCAACGCCUUCAAAGAGAGCUCGCGACGGGCAGCUCGCGGCGUUGCUCAGGAGGCGCGCCUUGUACUGCCGCGAGAGAAUAAUAUUAAUCGGGGCCUGUGGUGGGUCUGGGCUGGCGUUCACGUGCGCCUGGCUGUGCUGCUGCCGGCCGUGUCUGGCGGCGGAGACUUCAACUCCACCGCGCCUCUGCUGGAGCAAAUCCGCCCGCUGCCACAGCCCAGCCCCGGCGCUCUGUCGCGUCGUGUGUCUUCCGGCCCAGGCCCCAAAUCGCUGGUUAGCAUCCACAGAAUUGGAGCAACCACGCUCCCAUCAUCAUCAUCCCGCCUCCGUCACCACUGCUCUGCUCCUCCUGCGCCAGAACUCCCCCAAUUCCUAUUCACUUCACCGCCCACACCCUGCCCGGCCCCUUCACACGCUCCGCGCGGACUGCUUCCGUGUUGCCUCUGCCUCGUCGUUAGCGACAAGCCACUGCCACCCACCUGCCACCACCACCUCAACAAGCAUCAUUUGACCCGCCUCGAAACCUCACACCCGCUGGCCCUCUCCCCAACGCCACACACGACCGCACCUCCCUCCACCCUCGCCGCUCAAGCUCUAUCUACCGCCCACGACGGAUCUCCUCUCGAAGACUCGGCGCUCCUCGCACGACUUGCUGAACUACAGCCCGCCCUACUCUCGAUAGCAAUCCGCGCGCUUCGCCGGCCCCGAACGCAGACGACCUGA